AUGAGACAAUAACAAGCUCAUAUUUAGACUCUCUAAACUAUGGCAGCUAGACUCAGCUCAACAAUCUCACAUAGGAGGUCUGUAAUGAAUGAUAGUUAGCAAAUCUACAAUAAACAACAAAAUCUUUCAGUUAACCAAUCCUUUAACAGUCCAAAAAUCAUAUCCAACCAUUAAUCAUUUAUUAUUUCAUAGCGAGCAAAUUAAAGUAUCAGAGACAAUGUUUAAAGCGUUCAAUGUGCAUCUCCAUCUUUAAGAAUAAAAACAGAGAUAAUAGAGAAAGAGGAUAAGAAAUAACAAUAAUUUAUUGAUGCAACUAUGAAAUUAUUGGCGCAAAACGAGAAAUUAGAAAAAUUAAUUUGUGAAUAAAAUGAAAUGCUAGCAUACUAUAAAUAGGACAAGCAGGAAUUAGAAUUUUAAAUAAAGAGAUUAUCACAGGAAAUUAUAUUUCUCAAAGAUACAAACUAAAAGAGAGUAAUGGCUUUAGAGAGGGAGUUAAAGUAGGUUAAAGGAAAAUCUUAACAUUAACCUAAAAAAUUUCUUAGAUGA